CCAUGGUGAGAGAUUACGUCGAACGUACACGUACAUGUACAUGUACGUGUAUGUACCGUCACUAAGCUCAGCCAGUACUGUACAUGUACAUGUACUUCUGUAGUGUUAUUUGCUUCACUGUGAUUGAUCCAAUUUCAUAAUUGAUGCGGUUGUCACUUAUCAGAAGGAUGAAGCUCCUGACACAUAACAUGCUGACCUCUCACGUGAAAGGAGUGAAGAAUGGAUACCCUUUAAAAAUUGAGGUGGAAAACAUGAAUAUAACUGAAGUUGAGUUCAACCCAGAAUUUAUAUCCAGAAUGAUUCCACGGUUGGAAUGGAAGGCUCUUUAUGAAGCUGCUCAGAUGCUGGAUGUGGUGGGCGACCUGCCAGCAGAACCAGUUGCAGACUAUGAAACAAAUGAAGAAUUCCUCAGAGCUGCUCACAGAGUCAUGUUGGAGGUGGAAGUACUUGAUGGAUUCUUAGUGUGUCCAGAGUCAGGCCGUAAAUUCCCCAUCAAGAACGGCAUCCCCAACAUGUUACUUAAUGAAGAUGAAGUCUGACAUAGUGAGAAGGGAUGAAAUCUCUAGAAACAUGUUCCAUCUUGAUCAGUGUCACUUGAUGGUGUCAACAUGCACAGCAUGUCCGUGAGGAAAGCCUCCCAUCAAUUUUGAAAAAGAAGAAAGGAAUUUUGUGUGGCAACUCUCGUUGAUGCUACUUUGACAAAGACUCUAUUGCAAGGUGCACGUUGGAGGUUGGAUUGUAAGAUAUGCAGUUAUGACUCAAUGUGUGUAUAUGCAGAUAUAAAGUCAGAUGUACAGGGGUUAUUUCAUGAAAAACAAUGGCCCAGUGUAAUUUAAUUCACCAUUCAUAACACUGCAUCAUAUGAUGGUUGCUUUAAUUUAUUUCAAGAAACUUACAAUGGGCUAAAGGCAUCAUAACUUUCCUAGUAAGUUGUAGCAACACGUCAUAAGUUCAGAUGGACCUUUUAAUUGUAGAAUUGUCUUUUCAGAGCCAUUUGUACAACAUAAAAUUCAAAGGAACAGGACUACACCAUCAAUUAUGUAUUGAACAUGUCACUUGCCAGGGAAAUCAAAUUACAGUUGUAAAUAAAAUGAAUCAGAUUCUGUUCCUUAAUUUUUUUGGCCAUUUGUUGCCACCUGUUGUUUACAAAGUACACAAACUCAUCAUAUUGCAUGUACAUGUAUUUGCAUAAAAUUAGAUACAUUACAUAUACAGCAUGUUUAGUGAGGUCCGUUUUGUGAGCAUUGUAGGCCUCAUUGAUAAACUCGAGGAAAGACUAUGGGGGUUGACCCUCCCCCGAGUUUUAGGCAUUUAAUUUUUUAUUUUAAUCUCGGGAGGUAAUUUUACAAAUAAUAAACGUCUUAUAAUAUGCUUCAGUCUCCACCGCGACCUCCCAUGUAUAAAAGUAGAUAGCGCAGUUGAUAGUUAUCAAGACUCCUGGUUAUGGACGGAGCGGUCCCCUACAAAGUGCAAACACUUGUAUAAAGGAAGUACAAGAUGAUUUAUAAGGGCUAUUAAGGAGCUAUUCUAGUGGCAGGGACUAGGUGCGCCAUCAUUACAAUUUUUAAUACAAAGUCCGUCUACCACAACAACCGUAAACCUUACAGAACCACUGCUUUGAGGCAAUAGCCGUAAGAUACCAUGGCGUAGCCAAGGGGAGAGGCACCUGCCUGGAAUUCUUUAACCCCAAUCCCCCCUCCUCAGAACCUUGCUACGUAGCGGGGCGGGGGCGCAACUACCCCUCCCCUCUGCGGGAACUCUUGUUCCCCUACCCCCCCCCAAGAUCCUGACUGCGUCAUUGGUAAGGUACAUAGUUGUGACUAUUGCGGAUCCGAUUGUGCAGUAUUCUACUCUUAAGCAUGGCUCCUAUCCUCGUCCAUUUGUCCACACCCAUUCGGACCACAUCCACCACACACAAACCCCGUCUUCACCUACAUAUCAAGGGUAAGCAGAUAACAUAAACUUGUCACAGAUGUACUGUUUGUUUCUUUUCGUGUUGUUAUUAGUAGACGUUGAACCUACAGAGCAUUUUCAUUCUCGUAGUGUAUAUCACAUGUGCAUCACGUAUAGGCUGUUUAGAACUCAGCUACUUGCGGUUUUGGUUUACAAAUGCUAUAAACUAAACUCAAGAAAUAUUCUUCACUUUGCCCUUGUUCCGGAAUAAAGAAAUGAAAAAGGACUCCUAUUUUUAUAGAGGUGUUUACCUGGCCAAGAAGUCUUCAAAACGUAUUGGAUGAAUGAAUAAACCGUGUAGAUUUUACCAUUUUUAAAGAUAACGUUUAUGAGAUUCUUUCGAAUUUCUCUGUGACGCGUGCUUGAGAGAUUGUAAACGGAGUGGAGCUUAAUUUUUCAAAAUUUGAUUUAAACCUUGGCGUAGAAAAACAGUGU